ACCGCACCAAAAGGGCAGCAGCGCAGACGCGCCUCGAUGCCUCGUGCUCCAUAACCAACGCCCACAGCCAGUCUAUACUCUAGAGCCCCCCAACACAGCACACAACACUCGCUCGCGGCGCAGCGCUUCGCUCGUUGCCACCGCCCGCCUUUCCCCGCGCCCGACGGAAGAGCCCCACGCCCCCACCGCCGCGGGAGGGGGAGGGGCGCGGAGGAGCAUGCGCGCAGGCUGUCACCGCGGCCAGAGAAAGAGAAGGAGGACCUGCGCCGCGCGCACCGCGACGAGCCGCUCUCCGCUGGCACCCACGCCAAAAGGCGAAGAUUCUCGGCCGAGCCCCCGUCCCUUCCACCAUCCCCCGCUGUAGGUAGCCGCCACCCAGAUCUGCUCCCCUCCGCACCCGCCCGCCGCUCUCCCCUUAGAUUCGCACCACCCGCCGCCAUGCGUUUGCCGCCGCCGCCGCUGUGACUGGGCUCUCCUCCUUUGUGAGGCAGGAAUAAAAGGCGGUUCUUGCGGGCGGUUGCCAUGGGGUGCGGCCAGUCCAAGACGGAGGAGGAGUACGCCGUGCAGCACUGCCGGGCGCGCUCCGAGCUCCUGGCGCUGGCCAUCCGCCAGCGCUACAUGCUCGCCGACGCGCACCACGCCUACGCCGAGUCGCUGCGCGCCGUCGGCGCCCUGCUGCACGACUUCCUCCGCGGCGUCCAGUCGCUGCCGCCGCCGCCGCCCGAGCCCGCGCUCCGCCUCCCGCUGCAGCGGAAGGGCGACGGCCUCCCCGCCGCGUCGCCGCCGCCGCCCGCAAUCGCGUCCUCCUCCUCCGCCGCCAAGCAGGUCCGCAUCGCCCCCAACGACGGCCAUAUCCAGUUCUCCGACGACGACUCCGAUUCCGAUGACGGACACAUCAAGUUCCACUCCGACGAAGAGCCCGACCCGGCUCGCCGCCGCCCGGAUGUCGUCCACUCAGCCGGGGCGCCUGGUCCUCCGCCGCCGCAGAUGGGACCACCCUAUUCCUCCGGGUAUGCUCCGCCGCCGUAUGGUCCUGGAUACGGCUACGGGUACGCCAAUGGGCCUGGGCCGGGUCCUGGUCCCGAUUAUGGCGGUAUUGGCAUGAGCAGCGGCGGCGGCGGUGGUUACGGGCAAAGCUAUGGGGGCAUGGGUGGUGGUGGCAGCGGCGGCGGUGCCGGCUACAAUGACCAGAGCUAUGGUGGCAUGGGCAGUGGCGGCGGCGCUGGCGGCUAUGACCAAGGCUACGGUGGCAUGGGUGGAUAUGGGCAGAGCUUCUUUAACAUCAACUACGCGCGCAGCCAGCCACCUCCACCGUCAAUCUCGCACGAGCAACGCCUGCAGGCCACUAACGCCAGGGUCCACUACUAUUCCGGCAAUGACGAGCUGCAGCCACCCCCGCGCGGCUAUGGUGGUGGGUACUCCUACCCACCACAGAGCUCGAGCUCAUAUAAUCAGUAUGCCUAUGGUGGUUACUAUGGAGGUGGUUCUGCUCCUGCACCACCAGCAGACAUCCCCUCCUCCUCCCGCGAGCCAGCCGCAGCACCACCGCCUCCAUCUCCUCCCAGGGUGUCCACCUGGGACUUCCUGAACCCGUUUGAAACUUAUGAUAGCUACUACGAGCAACCAACUGCUACAGCAGCUCCAUACUCUCCCAGCAGGAGUUCAAAGGAUGUGCGCGAGGAGGAGGGGAUUCCGGACUUGGAGGAUGAAGACAUGGAGGUAGUCAAGGAAGCUUAUGGUGAUGAGAAGCACCCAAUGAAGGGUUACAUGGGAAACGGGAAGGCGACAAAGGAAGAUGGUAGGAGCAGUACGAGAGAUGAACUGCCCCGCAAGUCCAAGUCAUCUGAGGCCAGCAGUAGUGGGAGCAGCUUGGAGCAUGACGUGCAUGUAGUAGAGAAGAGUGUUGUCGGAGAGCAAGUUCAACACUCAGAGCCACAGCAGCAUGUUGCCGGUCUGCCACCCACAGGAUCGGACAAGAUAUACAUCGAUGACACUGAGGUGGUGGUGGAGAUCAGGACUCAAUUUGAGCGUGCCUCACAAUCAGCUAGUGAGGUAUCCAAGAUGCUUGAGGUCGGAAAGAUGCCUUACUACCAGAAGAGUUCAGGUUUCAAAGUCUCUGCAAUGAUGGUCUGUGGUAUACCGACAAUGGAGGAGGAGUUUCUGCGUUUUGAAGAGGACAAGGCGAUGGGAUCCGGCAACCUCUCCUCUACGCUACAGAAGUUGUACAUGUGGGAGAAGAAGCUUCUUGAGGAAGUUAAGACAGAGGAGAGGAUGCGGGUACUGUAUGACAGAAAACGUGAGGAGCUGAAAAUGUUAGAUGAGAAAGGUGCAGAAGCUCAUAAGCUUGAGGCCACUGAGCUUUACAUCAGGAAACUAUCAACUAAGAUUAGCAUAGCCAUCCAGGUUGUAAACACUAUUUCAGAAAAGAUUAGUAAGUUGAGGGAUGAAGAGUUGUGGCCACAAACAUGUGAGCUCAUUCAAGGGUUGAUGAGGAUGUGGAGCGUUAUGCUAGAAUGCCAUCAGAUACAAUUGCAUGCCAUAUCCCAAGCUAGAUACAUAGACUCCAUGAUAGACACUGCAAAGUUCGGUGAUGAUCAUAUGGACUUGAUCAAGCGGUUAGAGCUUCAGCUAUUGGAUUGGAUUGCUUGUUUUGCUGCAUGGGUUAGCGCUCAAAAGAAUUAUGUCAAAACUUUAAAUAAGUGGCUGACAAAUGGUGUCAUCUAUGUACCCGAGGAAACCGAGGACGGGGCGCCUCCAUUUUCUCCUGGAAGGUUAGGAGGGCCACCGAUAUUCGUCAUAUGCAAUAACUGGGCUGCCAGUGUGGACAGGGUAUCUGAGAAAGAAGUGGUCGAGGCAAUGCAGGCCUUUGCGUCCAACGUCCUGAACCUCUGGGAGAGGCACAGGUCGGAGCAAAGGCAGGGUCUGAUGGCGAACAAAGGCAUGGACAGAGAUCUUAGGGUGAUGGAAAGAGACGAGCAAUCGAUGCGCAAGGCUCUGGAGGCACAGAACAAGAAGCUUGUGCUCAUUUCGAACCAGGGCAGCGUGUCCUUGUCUGCACAAGCGUUACAUGAGCGAGGCCCUGGCGCUGAAGCCGGUGGUAGUCUGCAGACAGGUCUGAGGAAUAUUUUCGAAGCGAUGGAGAACUUCACCUCUGCAUCUGCAAAUACGUACAGGGAGCUCCAUCUUCGCGCCGAAGAAGAGAAAGCCCGGGUUGCGCAGGAGAGCGGCAGCGUUUCCUAGUUCCACAUGAGGACAUGAGCAUUUGUCGGUGGAAAGAAGGGGGACUAACGCCAGUGGCAGCGUUUCUACGGCACAGUGGCACAACCAACCCCUAGUGGCAGCUGAUGCACCUUGCUCGCCAGGUGCCUCAGUUUUUUGGGUUCCAAGCUCUCUCUGAUGUAGAGGCCUGUGGUACUUGGUGGAGUUAACAGGUUGUGACAUGGGGGUGCUGCAUUUCUUUGAUCGGGAUGAACAGGCAUUCUCCUCAGACCGUAAUUGGGAAGCGCAGUUGUGAAAUUAGGUAAUCGCCAGACACAUCCUGGUAGUUGGGAGACCCCGCCUGAAGGGACCGAGUGAAGAGCAGAUGCCCUUGUGCAUCUGAGAAGCCGCAGAUGAUCUCUUAGUUCAGAUGCUGUUAUCAUGAACCCAAGAUUCAUGGAACGCUCCCAAUCCCAUGCAUGUCAGCGCCCAACACACAGGGAAGAGGCCAGGCUACCAGGUUUAUCAGAAGCUGUUUCAAUAACCGCAGAAUUUUUUUUCCCAUGCCAAUGCACACUGUACAGAGGUGAUGCGGGACGAAUCGAGCUGGAGCCUUGUGUCCGCUGCCGAGAAGCCCGAGACGAUGUCGCUUUGAGCUUCCUCUAAGGUGUUCGGACUGCGGCUUCGCCGUGCCACCGCGCUGGAAGUACACUCGUAGGGUUUAGCAGAGUUCGAUGAGCUUGUAGGGUAGACGCCCUGACCCCGUUCUGUUGCAGAUCAUCUAACCACCGCUCCGGAUUUGUUUUUUUGUUUUAUUUUGUUUUGUUUAUUUAAUAUACAUAUUAAUUCAUUUGUAGCACCCCCCGUGUACAGCAGCUGCUGGCUAACUUAAACCUGCUGUGCCAUAUUUUAUUCAUUCUAUUCACACCCUGGUUUGCCAA